CCCUGCGCAGUGUGACCGGGAUGGCGUAUUUUCUUGCACCGAGUAAUGCGGUGUCGCUGGCGGCUGAGAAGGGUGGAGAGUUCCGUGGUGAAGUAGGGGGAGGGAUCUAUGUAGGCGUUCGGAGGAGCCUUGGCCUGAACUAUAAAGUGGGAAGUUGAUGCUGGGUACUGCUACUCCCGGACCGGCAGCGUGAAAGUUGUGAUAUCACCGUUGAACAUCAGCUUUGAAAUUCAAAAACAAUGGAGAAGACGCAAGAAACAGUGCAAAGAAUUCUCCUAGAACCCUAUAAGUAUUUACUUCAGUUACCAGGUAAACAAGUGAGAACCAAACUUUCACAGGCAUUUAAUCAUUGGCUCAAAGUUCCAGAAGAUAAGCUGCAGAUUAUCAUUGAAGUGACAGAGAUGUUGCAUAAUGCCAGUUUGCUCAUCGACGAUAUCGAAGACAACUCAAAACUCCGACGUGGCUUUCCUGUGGCACACAGUAUCUAUGGGAUUCCGUCCGUCAUCAAUUCUGCCAAUUACGUGUAUUUUCUUGGCCUAGAGAAAGUCUUAACCCUUGAUCACCCCGAUGCGGUAAAGCUUUUUACCCACCAGCUUCUGGAACUCCACCAGGGACAAGGCCUAGAUAUCUAUUGGAGGGAUAAUUACACUUGUCCCACCGAAGAAGAAUAUAAGGCUAUGGUGCUACAAAAGACAGGUGGGCUGUUUGGAUUAGCAGUGGGUCUCAUGCAGUUGUUCUCUGAUUACAAAGAAGAUCUAAAGCCACUACUUAAUACACUCGGGCUCUUUUUCCAAAUUAGGGAUGAUUAUGCUAAUCUGCACUCCAAAGAAUAUAGUGAAAACAAAAGCUUUUGUGAAGAUCUAACAGAGGGAAAGUUCUCGUUCCCUACUAUUCAUGCCAUCUGGUCAAGGCCUGAAAGCACCCAGGUGCAGAGUAUCUUGCGCCAGAGAACCGAAAAUAUAGAUAUUAAAAAAUACUGUGUACAUUAUCUUGAGAACGUAGGUUCUUUUGAAUACACUCGGAGUACUCUUAAAGAGCUUGAAUCUAAAGCCUAUAAACAAAUUGAUGCACGUGGUGGGAACCCUGAGCUUGUAGCUCUAAUAAAGCACUUAAGCAAAAUGUUCAAAGAAGAGAAUGAAUAAUACUAAGUCAUUCUUGAUUAGGCCUGGGAGCUUAUUUUAGUUGACUUUUUUUUUUUUUUUUUUUUGUCUUUUAGCCUAUCACUUUUUUAAAAAUUAGGACCAAGCUGUUAGUCUCCUCAAACUGAGUGAAUUGGGGUGAUGUGAGUGAGAUUGUUUCAAUUUAGAACCCCUUUGUACAGAUAAUCAUCAUAGUACAAAGUUGAUGGAAUCAAAAGGAGCCACAUUUAAAUAGGUCUAAUAUGAAUGUCAGAAUGUGCUGUGUUGGGACCUUAUGGACAACUGCCACAAAUGUUCUGCUAAUUCUAUCAAUAAAGAAGACUUCAGCUUCCGGGAA